AUGAGCGACGACGACAUCAGCCAUGCCAACCUUCUCAAGAGUGCUACUGCUAGCCCAGGGUAUCUAGAGAUAACUGCAACUAGCCGUGGUCGAGCGGAGACUAUUCAAUCUCAUCAGGUCAAGCUGUGCCAACAGCUGCUUCAGUCCCGGCUUCAGCAGAUUGAACUAAUGGAAAGGAAGCUUGAAAAGCUGGCCAAGUACUCGACGAAGCUGCUAAAUGCGCACGAUGAGCUGACUACAAUGAUCUCGCUCGAAAAGGAGGAAACCACCCGCAUUGCAGCCGUGGCGGGGGUUCCUAUUCGCAGCUCAAAAUACGUCAUGUCUUACUCGGUUGUGCUGGAGGAGUGUUGCAGUUCAAUGCUAGGCCACACGCAGCAUUGA